AUGGCAUCCAAUAAACAUAUAUCAUGUGGACCUUGCCAAAAAGGAGAAGUAAACACUGAAGCUGUUAUCUGGUGUUACAACUGUGAUGAAGGAUUAUGCUCAACAUGUUCUAGUCAACAUAAAAGAUUCAAAGGAACAUGUGAUCAUAUGACCAUUGAUAUCAAAAGUUAUAAACCAUCCACCCAAGCCAUCAAAACAGAAUGUGACAAACACGGUCAGCAGCUUAACUUGUACUGUCCUGGUCAUUUAAUGCCAUGCUGUGGUGAAUGUAUUUCCACCGGUCAUUCAAAAUGUACCGUAAUAAAAAGUUUAGCAGAUGUCGUGGAUAAAACAAAGAUUGAAAAAUCAAAGGAAACUGUAGAGACAGACAUCAAUUCUAUAUUAAAUGUAUUGGAAACAUUAACCAACAGCAAAUCAAAAAACAUCAAAACUGGAGAAAAUCAGAUUGUUAGCAUAAAAAAGUCAAUUAAAGGAAUUAGACAGGAAUUCAACAAACAUUUAGACCAUCUGGAGAAGAAGUUUUCUCAAGAAAUAAAUACCACUUGGAAUCAGGAAAAAUCAAAAGCAACGGAUGUCAUUUCUGAAAUUGAAGUGAAAAAGAAAAACUUGAAAGAAAUAAAAGAACAUUUACAAACAGUCACAACACAAAUUUCUAAACUGCAAACUUUUCUUGGUGUUCAUAAGAUUGAACAAAAAGUACACCAAUGUCAAAAAUAUGUUGAAGAUCUGGAAAAUGAUGAGAGAGCAAAAGAAGUUGUCAUCAAAAUGAAACAAAAUGAUGAAAUAGAAAAGAUACUUAGCAAGUUAGAAUCAUUAGAAUCCUUAGGAAAAGUCAUUGUUAUAAAGACAGAAGUAGCCAUGAAAACAGAAAUAAGUGUGGGAACAAAACCACAAGUACCAUUACACGAACAUUCCAACAUAAACAACAUAAUCAUGAAUAUUGAGACAAAGAUAGAGAUCAACAUGAUUAAUAUCAGUGACAUAAUUUGUCUGAUGGAUGGAAGAGUUAUAAUAUUGGAAUGGUGUGAUAAAGUUAAUCUACUUACUUCUGAUGGCAAACUACAGAAACCAUUACCUAUACCUGGUGAUGCAUGGAGUGUUACACAGAUAAAUCAGAACACUAUUGCCACAACUUAUCCUGAAGAGAAAGCCAUUAAGAUCUUCAAUAUAGAGAAUGAAACAGUUACCAAAGUUAUCACAUUAGACAAAGAAUGCAACGGUUUAUCUUUCUCCAAUAAUUCUCUGGCUGUUGGUUUGAAAGAUGAUGAAAUUCGUAUCAUAGACUUGGAAGGAAAUACACUGAAGUCAAUGGAAGUAGGGAGUAAAUCAUCCCUGUAUAACUUUGUUUACUGUAAUGACAGAAUAAUCUAUAGUGACGAUGUUGGUAAAGCAGUAUACUGUGUUGAUGAAUCAGGUAAACAGAUCUGGCAAUAUAAACAGGAUUUAACAGGACCAAGAGGACUUUGUAUAGAUACUUAUGGUAACAUUAUUGUAGCAGACUGGGGAUCUAAUAGAAUAAUAGUUAUAUCAAAAGAUGGAAAGGAGAGUAAAGUACUGAUCAGUAAAGAGGAUGGACAGGGGAGCAAUCAGUGUAUUUGUUUUACACAUGAUGAGUCUUCCGGUUAUAUUUGUGAUGACUAUGGCACAAAAUUGACAAAAUUUAAUUUAUCUUAUGGAUAA